AUGAGAAUAUUCAACGUGUUUGGGUUCCUCAGUAUCCUUUGCAUCAGUUACGAUCAAUCUUGUACUACCUCUAAUGUUUUCAUAGAUGCUUUGUCGAUCAAUGCGAAUUUAAUGAACAACGUGAAUACAUGGAAAUGCAAGAAAUUGGAACAAUCUUCGCCAUUAAUGCGCCUUAAAAAUCAUCUCUUUUGCAAUUAUGAUAGUACUGUUCAUCCGAAUUAUCCUAAAACAACUAAUGUCACUAUGCACUUAAUGCCGAAGUUAAUAAAUUUCCAAGGAGAAGGUAAACUAUCUUUGCACACUUGGAUGUCACUUGCUUGGACGGACUCGCAACUUACUUGGAUACCGAGCGAUUACGACGGGAUUACUUUUAUUCAUGUAAAAAGCUGGCGGAUCUGGAUGCCUAGUCUAUACGUCAAUGAUUCCGGUGAGAUGUCGAGUGACCAAUAUGAGCUACCCGUAACAGAAUGUUUGCUCCUCAACUCGGGCUCUGUCAGUUGCGUGCCGGCGGUAAAAUUUAUUUCCAAAUGCAAUCCCGAUUAUACUUAUUGGCCUUACGAUAAACAUCAAUGUCGCGUCACAUUUCUUUUGUGGAUGCACACAGGGGAAGAAGUCGAUUUGUUGAUAGAUGGAAAUGGGAUUUCUAUGAGCGACUACACGAAUGAUACGAAGUGGGAUUUAAAAUUUAUAAGUUCGAUGAGGGAAGCCACAAAAUUUAAGUGUUGUCCGAAUGAUACGUUCCCAAGGAUCAAUUAUAACUUCUUAUUGACGCGCCAUCACGGCAAACAUCACUUGACUGUUAUUGUACCGGCUAUCGCUUUGAUAUUACUCACUUUAAUAGUGCUCUGCCUUGACUUAAAAUCGGUUGAACGAAUGGCGGUGGCAAGUGCGAAUUUUAUUUGUCAUUUGCUCUGCAUAUUCUUUUUAUUUUGGAUUCUACCAUUCAAUCGCGUUAAUGCCCCCAAUAUAUUGUUAUUUUAUCGUGAAUCUUUAGCGUUGGCGACAUUCGCGAUGAUAUUGACGGCGAUGUUACGCAAACUGGAAGAUAUGAGCACACAGAUACCAAAUUGGAUUUUGUUCACUACGACAUUUGUUUUAAACAACAAGGUUGGACGUUUUCUGAUUCUCAAAAACGACAAGCCCAAAAUGGCAGACAGAGAUAUAGAGACUGAAGGAAGCUCAGAUGUUACAGAGUCUGAAAUAAGCCUAAAGGAAUCGUCCUGGAAAUAUUUCGUUGCUAUUAUUGACUGGUUAUCCUUCUUUUGUGUAAUUCUUACUUAUAUAAUUAUCUUGAUUAUUUUAAUACCUGCGGAUUAA